UUCUUUCGAUUGAACAUCUCCGAGAAAAGAAAGCCAAAAUAAUCUUCCUUUGGGGGAUGGAGACGAAGCUUCUUCACCUACAUACGCCAUUUACAACUGCCUCUUAAGCAGCAGCCUCUUUCAUCCUCUCCGUUCGUCGGCGACGAUUUCAAUCCUUAUCCUAUAUUUGAUACCGGAAGUGGAAUCAUGUCGGACGCUUUGAUCAAUGGAUUGGCUGGAGCUGGUGGUGGGAUCAUUGCUCAGCUCCUCACUUAUCCUCUUCAAACUGUAAAUACGCGGCAACAAACGGAGCGGGAUCUGAAGAGGGAGAAGAGGAAACUUGGAACUAUCGAACACAUGUGUCAGGUUGUCAAACAAGAGGGAUGGGAGCGAUUAUAUGGUGGAUUGGCGCCGUCUCUAGCUGGAACGGCCGCGUCACAGGGUGUGUACUACUACUUCUACCAAGUGUUUCGGAAUCAAGCUGAAGCUGCUGCUCUUGCUCGAAGGAAGAAAGGGUUGGGUGACGGAACUGUUGGGAUGUUCUCUUCACUUUUAGUGGCUGCCUUCGCUGGAUCGGUUAAUGUUCUUAUGACGAAUCCAAUUUGGGUGAUUGUUACACGUAUGCAGACCCACAGAAAAAUGGCAAAAGAUCAACCAACUGCUUCCGAUUCACCUUCUUCUGAUUCAGAAGCUCUGGUUGCAGUUGAGCCGCGUCCAUAUGGAACCUUUAAUACGAUUCAAGAGGUUUAUGAUGAAGCUGGAGUAACUGGCUUCUGGAAAGGUGUAAUUCCAACAUUAAUUAUGGUUAGUAAUCCGUCAAUGCAAUUUAUGUUGUAUGAGACAAUGUUAACCAAGCUGAAGAAAAAGCGUGCGUUGAAGGGUAGCAACAGCGUUACCGCUUUGGAGACAUUUCUUCUUGGAGCUGUGGCUAAACUCGGAGCAACAGUCACAACUUAUCCACUCUUGGUUGUAAAGUCGAGACUUCAAGCCAAACAGGUCACGACAGGGGACAAAAGACACCAAUACAAAGGAACGUUGGACGCGAUUUUCAAAAUGAUCCGAUACGAAGGGCUUUACGGGUUUUACAAAGGGAUGAGCACAAAGAUUGUGCAAAGCGUAUUAGCGGCUGCAGUUCUGUUCAUGAUCAAGGAAGAGCUUGUGAAGGGUGCUAAGUUGUUGCUCUCAAACGCGACCUCUAGCAAAAUCAAGUCCAAGCCUUCCUAAAUAAACGCUAUCCAACUAGCAUUUUUAGAUUAUAAAGAUUGAAAUAAAAAAAAUAGCUUAAAGUUCCAAUAGUUUCUUGAUUAAUUUAUCACACUAUUGGGAUUGUCGUGCAUUUCCGUAAUGAUUGCAAUUGAUCAUUGUAUUUCUACAAGAUAACUGGAUCGGAAGGUUUUAUACCUUUUCUUAGUAAUGAAAUCUCAAUAAAAUUUGGCAAGUUUGUUGUA